GGGCAGGACCCGGAAAGAGAGGCCGGUUUGCUUUACGGCGGCGCUCGGCGUUUUCCCUUAACAAGCAUGGCGUCCGGGUUUGAAAGCGAGAGGACUCUGGCGGCGCGCAAGGAAGAGAGGCGCCGCCACCGCGAGGCGCUGCUACAGCAGGCAAAAGUAGAUUAUGAAAAAGAAGAGCGACGCAAAGAACUGAAGCGACUGCGAGGGGAGGAUACAUGGAUGCUGUCUGAUGUGAAUGAACGUUUAGAGGAAUUGGGAAAGGAACAUUCUGCUACCAAAAAGAAGAAAAAGGAGAAGCGUUCAAAAAAACAUAAAAAAGAAAAGAAGAGCAAGAAGCAUAAAGUUGAAAAAAACAAUGAUUCAUCGGAUAGCACCUCUGAUUCAUCAGAGGAAUGGGUGGAGGCUUCAGUUUCACAGUCUUCGAACACAGAAAAGGCCUGGAACGCAAGCAAGAAAGAAUCAGAUGAUUCAGGAAGUCCCAAGGUAGUUCAGAGGGAUGAGUGGAUGUCCUUGGAUUUCAUGUCUGUGAAAACAUUGUCUUCAGCAGCAUUGAAGGCUGAAAAGCAAAUGGAAAAAUUACUGGAGAAACAGAAAGCGCAAGAAGAUCAACAGGCCAUUCUUUCUGAAAGAGAGCUCAACCCCUACUGGAAAGAUGGAGGCACAGGCUUGCCAACGCAAGAGAGCACAUCAACAAAAGUGACAGCAGUCGAAGAUGGUGGGUUAAGUUGGCUGAAGAAAUCCUACCAAAGAAUGAAGGAGCAGUCUGAGAGAGAGAAACGGGAUUUGGAAGAAAUUGUGGCUGAAAGAUAUGGUUCAAUGGAGCUAUUUCAGUCGAGACUUGAAGAAGCUGAAAAAGCAGUAGCCCCCCAGAAAGCUUAUUAUAGGAGAGGCUGGCAGAAAUGUAAAUAUUCAGGAAACGAAUGUAGUACGAGACAGGAGGAGGAAAAAGGGGAGCAAGAGGAAAGCAGUAUAGAAAAACGUGCAGUGAAAGAACGACUGGAGGAGAGAGUUAAUAAAGAAUAUUCUCCAGAACAGAGAAGUUACAAGAGAGACAGACCAACAGAAGAUAGAGAACCGAGGCAUAGCAAUAAAGCCUUUCCCUAUAGAACUGCGAGGGAGUCUUAUCAGAUAAGAAAUUACGAUAAACCUUUUUCAAGCCCUUUCAAAGCUGCAUUCUUGAAACCUAAUGAUGAUGGGGACCAAGGCAGCAGGCUGCAGAGUCCUGCAUCCCAGUUACUUACUCCUAGUUCGGUGAGUCGUGGUUUCAGAAAGCCUGGCUAUAGCGAUGAUGCUACCCCAAGAUGGCGCAAAGCACAGCCCAAGGAAGAGGAUGCAAGAGCCACCCUGGAUGAAAACCCAAUAAAAACUGAAAUGGCUGUUACCCAUAGAGAGAAAGAUUUAAGAAAUAAACAAGAAGAGAUACCAAAAGGUGCAGUUCCAAGAUGGCGCAAAGCACAACCCAAGGAAGAAGAAGCAAGACCCACCCUUGAUGAAAACUUGUUAAAUACUGAAAUGGCUGUUACCAGUAGGGAGGAAGAUUCAAGAGAGAAACAGGAAGAGAUCCCCAGAGGUGCUGUACCAAAAAAGGAGCCACCGGACAGCAAAUCGUCUAUCAGGUCUGUUUCAGAGGAUGAAAAGCCCCAAAUUCUUAGUGAUGAGGAGAUGAACAAAUUAGGAGCCAAGAUUGUAAAAGCAGAAUUGAUGGGAAACAAGGAUUUAGCAGGAAAACUUCAGACCCAGCUUGACAAUGCACGCAGGCUGAAAGAAAGCGGAGCACAGACUCAAGCUAGAAAGUUUGAGAAGGAGACAGCAGGCUUCAAAGAAGAUAAUGAAGUGGUCCUUGUCAGAACUGAUCAGUCUGGUAGAGCAUGGCCUGUUAACACUCCAGGAGAACUGCUGGAACCAAGUGGCAGAAAAAGGAAGCAGAAGGUCACUACUCACGUGGAGAAGGAAAGGGUCCGCUAUUUUCAGGAUGAUGAUAAUCUGAGCCUGAAUGAUUUGGUCAGAAAUGAAAAGAUGAGGACAGCAGAGGAUCAGAAUAAGCUGUUCAUGAGAAUGGCAUCAAAGUUUUCAGACAAAACGGAUAGAGAGUACUACACUCUGGAUGAUAUGUUUGUUUCCAAAGCGGCAAGGGGCGAGCGCAGCGGCGAGGAAGAGGGAAGGCAAAGGAAACAAGCAAUCCAUGAGCACCAGCAUCUUGCUGCACGCAUGGAGAAGUGCCCUUACUGCUUUGGUAGCCCCGAACUUCCAAAACACCUGAUUAUUGCAAUUGGUAACAAGGUCUACCUGUCAUUGCCAAACUACCAAUCUCUUACUGAAGGCCAUUGCUUGAUAGUUCCUAUGCAGCACCACAUUGCAGCCACUCUUCUAGAUGAAGACAUCUGGGAAGAAAUCCAGAUAUUCAGGAAAGCUUUGGUGAAGAUGUUUGAAGCUCAAGAGCUGGAUUGUGUCUUCCUUGAGACAAACUUAAAUUUAAAGAAGCGAUACCACAUGGUAUAUGAAUGCAUCCCCCUCCCAAAGGAAGUGGGUGAUAUGGCUCCCAUCUACUUCAAGAAAGCCAUAAUGGAGUCUGAUGAAGAAUGGUCCAUGAAUAAAAAGCUGAUUGAUCUAUCUUCAAAAGAUGUUCGCAAGUCGGUUCCAAAAGGUUUGCCCUAUUUCUCCGUAGACUUUGGCCUACAAGGGGGCUUUGCUCACGUCGUUGAAGAUCAACGCAAGUUCCCCCUUUAUUUUGGAAAGGAAAUAAUUGGUGGCAUGCUGGAUUUGGAGCCCAGGCUGUGGAGAAAGGGACUGCGAGAAAACUUUGAGGACCAGAGGAAGAAGGUGUUGCAUUUUGCUCAGAGGUGGAAACCAUACGAUUUCACCAAAAGCAAAGAGUGAAGCUUUGACGUUGCAGUACCUGCCAAUAGACCU